CACCUGUUUUGUACACACAAAAUCGAAAAUAAAUAAAAAGAACGAAGAGAGAGAAAGUUGAAGAGAGACAAAAACCCAGCUUCCAUCAUCUUUAGCUUCUUCGCUUUAGCCCUAUCGAUAUAAGAGAAGAAGAAAUAAGGAGAAAUAAAGGAAGUAAUCGAUGAGAAAGCUGCUGUUGGUGGUUCAAGGGUGAGCAAAAACGACGACUUUAAUGGCACUCAAGCUUGAACAGCAACUCAAGGAGGUGGGAUCGAAACUCGAGACCCCUCCUGCUACUAAGGACGCUCUCAUUAAGCUCUUAAAGCAAGCUGCUUCAUGUCUUUCUGAGACAGAACAAUCGCCAUCAGCUACUAUGAUGGAGUCAAUGCAGCCUUUCUCUAAUGCAAUUGUGAAGCCAGAAUUGCUGAAGCAUCCAGAUAGGGAUGUUAAACUUCUAGUUGCAACCUGUAUCUGUGAGAUAACCCGGAUUACAGCUCCUGAAGCUCCUUACAGUGAUGAUGUCCUAAAGGAUAUUUUUCACUUGAUUGUUGGCACCUUUAGUGGGUUAAGUGAUACUAGUGGCCCAUCAUUUGGAAGGAGAGUUGUUAUUUUGGAGACUCUUGCCAAAUAUAGGUCAUGUGUUGUCAUGUUGGAUCUAGAAUGUGAUGAUCUGGUGAAUAAAAUGUUCAGUACAUUUUUUGCUGUUGCCAGUGACAAUCAUCAAGAAAGUGUAUUGACAUCGAUGCAAACAAUAAUGGUUCUGCUUAUAGAAGAAAGUGAGGAUGUUCGGGAGGAUCUUUUGCUUGUCAUAUUAUCUGUAUUAGGUCGAAAUAAAUCUGAUGUUUCUUCAGCUGCAAGGAGACUUGCCAUGAAUGUAAUAGAACAGUGCGCUGGAAAACUUGAACCUGGAAUAAAGCAAUUUCUUGUAUCAUCAAUAUCAGGAGAUAACAGGUCGGAAAAUUGUCAAAUUGACUAUCAUGAAGUCAUAUAUGACGUCUACUGUUGUGCUCCUCAGAUCUUAUCAGGAGUCGUUCCUUACCUCACAGGGGAACUCUUGACUGAUCAGCUCGACAUACGGUUGAAAGCAGUGGGGUUAGUUGGAGAUCUGUUUGCUCUGCCUGGUUCUGCUAUCAGCGAAGCAUUUCAGCCAAUCUUUUCAGAGUUUUUGAAAAGGUUGACUGAUAGAGGAGUAGAGGUCCGAAUGUCUGUCCUGGAAUGUGUCAAAAACUGCCUGUUGUCAAAUCCUUUGCGAGCUGAGGCUUCCCAAAUAAUCUCUGCUCUCUCUGAUCGACUUCUGGACUAUGAUGAGAGUGUCCGAAAACAAGUUGUUGAUGUGAUCUGCGAUGUGGCAUGUCAUGCACUGAAUUCCAUUCCAGUUGAAACUAUAAAACUAGUUGUGGAGCGUCUUCGAGACAAAUCUCUGCUGGUUAAGAGAUAUACCAUGGAGAGAAUAGCAGAGAUUUUCAGGGUUUAUUGUAUGAAGUCCUCCGAUGGCUCAGUCAGUCCUGGUGAAUUUGAUUGGAUUCCUGGGAAGAUUUUGAGAUGUUUUUAUGACAGAGAUUUUAGAUCAGAUACAAUUGAAUCAGUUCUUUGUGGAUCCAUGUUCCCUACUGAGUUCUCAGUCAAAGAAAGAGUCAAACUUUGGGUCAGAUUUUUCUCUGUAUUUGACAAAGUUGAGGUGAAAGCUCUUGAGAAGAUUUUGGAGCAAAAGCAAAGGUGUGAUAAGUGCUUGGUUAGCAUCAGGCAACUGCACCUGACGUUUGAUAGGUUACAACAAGAGAUGCAGAGGUAUCUAUCACUCAGACAGAUGCAUCAGGAUGGAGAUGUCCCAGAAUUCCAAAAAAAAGUUAUGUUUUGUUUUCGUAUCAUGUCUCGCUCAUUUGCUGAGCCUGCUAAGGCUGAGGAGAAUUUUCAGAUACUUGAUCAAUUGAAAGAUGCCAAUAUCUGGAAGAUUUUAACAAAUCUCCUUGAUGCUAACACUGGUUUUCAUCAAGCUUGUACUGGUCGGGAGGAUUUGCUUAAAAUACUUGGUGAGAAACACCGGCUUUACGAUUUUCUGAGCAAUCUCUCUGUUAAGAGUUCUUAUUUACUUUUCAACAAAGAUCAUGUGAAAGAAAUUCUGUUGGAGGCCACCACACAUAAGUCUGCUGGAAAUACACAAUUCACUCAAUCGUGUAUGGAUAUACUGGUGCUUCUUGCACGCUUCAGUCCAAUGCUACUUGUUGGGGCUGAAGAACAAUUAGUAAAUUUUCUGAAAGAUGAUAACGAGAUAAUAAAAGAAGGUGCUUUGCAUGUUUUGGCUAAGGCUGGGGGCACCAUUCGAGAACAGCUUGCAGUGUCAUCGAGCUGUAGUUCAAGUGAUCUUAUAUUGGAGAGGCUCUGCUUAGAAGGCAGUCGAAGGCAGGCCAAGUAUGCUGUGCAUGCCCUAGCAGCAAUAACAAAGGAUGAUGGCCUCAAGUCCCUUUCUGUUUUAUACAAGAGACUUGUGGACAUGCUGGAGGAGAAGAGACAUUUGCCUGCUGUACUACAGUCUCUGGGAUGCAUAGCAGAGACUGCAAUGCCUGUUUUUGAGACCAGGGAAGGUGAAAUUGAGGAAUUCAUAAAAAGCAAGAUUCUCAAAUGUAGCAGUAAAGCUGAAGACACUACAAAAACAAGCUGGGACGACAGAAGUGAACUUUGUUUAUUGAAGAUAUAUGGGAUCAAGACACUGGUCAAGAGCUACUUGCCUGUUAAAGAUGUGCAACUUCGUCCGGGCAUUGACGGUCUUUUGGAGAUCCUCAGGAAUGUGCUUAUGUUUGGAGAAAUAUCAAAGGAUAUAGAAUCAAGUUCAGUUGAUAAGGCCCAUUUGAGGCUUGCUUCUGCUAAGGCUGUUCUUCAUUUGGCAAAGCACUGGGAUCACAAGAUACCUGUUGAUGUCUUCUACCUAACUUUAAGGACACCAGAGAUCACUUUCCCCCAAGUUGGGAAACUAUUCCUGAACAAAGUUUACCAAUAUAUAAAGGACCGGCUUCUGGAUGUGAAGUAUGCUUGUGCCUUCUUGUUUAAUAUAAAUGGAUUAAAGCCCCUUGAUUUGGAAGAGGAAAAGCAGAAUCUUGCUGAUAUAAUUCAAAUGCAUUACCAAGCAAAGGCCCGGCAACUCUCUGUACAAAGUGAUGCAAAUACAUCAGCAGCAUAUCCUGAAUGCAUUCUACCAUAUUUGGUCCAUGCCCUUGCUCAUCAUUCAUGUCCUGACGUGGAUGAAUGCAAGGAUGUUAGAGCAUUUGAGCAUAUAUAUCGGCAAUUGCAUUUGGUUCUUUCUAUUUUGGCGCACAAAGAUGACGACGGUAAGUCAGAAUCUAGCACCAACAAAGAGAAGGAGAAUAUAUCUGCAAUAGUUUCUGUCUUUGAAAGUAUCAAGUGUUCAGAGGACAUGGUUGAUGCAUCAAAAUCAAAGAAUUCACAUGCUAUCUCUGAACUUGGGCUGUCAAUCACCAAGCGCUUAGCUCAGAAGGAGGAUAUACAAAUGUUGGCUUCAUCAGUUUCCUUGCCUCCAGUGCUUUAUAAACCACAUGAGAAGAAAGAAGGGGAUGAAUCUUUGGCAAGUGAAGGAAAAACAUGGUUGGCUGAUGAGAAUGUCUUGAUGCAAUUUGAAUCACUUAAGUUAGAAACUGAUGGAAAAAUUAAUUAUGAUAUUGCUGAAGAUGAGGUUCUAAAAGACGGUGAAAGAGAAGCAAAUGAGGUGCCCCUUGGUAAAAUGAUAAAACAGUUAAAAUUGCGGGGCACCAGGGGUGGCAAGGUUAAAAAGAACAAAUCUUUAUCAGCUAAAACCAAAAAUGCUGAAAGCGAUGUGGAUGUCUUGAAGGUGGUCAGAGAAAUAAAUUUGGAUAAUAUGGGGCUAUCUAGUAAGUUUGAAUCAAGCAAUGGUCACAAACAUUCUCCAAGUGAGAAAAGAAAGGCUGAAACCGAGCAUCAAAAAGCUAAAAAAACAAAGUUUACUGAUGUAGCAUCUGUUACAGUACCUAAACGACCGAGAUCAUCAUCUUCUCAUAUUGCAAGGCUGUCCUCAAGCAGUUUAAUUACUCCAUUAACUGCUACAGCGGAUGAUUCAAGCCCUGAUUCAAAAGAGAAGAAGUCUAUCCCAAAACUAUCAGAUGAAAGCAUUGAUUCUGAUUUGUUGGUAUCAUGCAUGCGAAAGAAUAUAAGCUUCACAUCAAAACAUAAAGGAAAAAGCUCUGAUUUGGGUUACAAUAGCAAAGAAAAUGAAUUUGAAGAAGACAGUGAUAAUCUAAAGAAGUCUAUUGUGUUAGGGAACAUUGAUAAGAGCAAUGCAAGUAAUAAUUUCAAGUCUUUGACUGGAAGCAUGAAGAAGAGAAAAAGAAGAAGUGUUGCAGGCUUGGCAAAGUGCACAACAAAGAAAAGUGGAGUUGAUAUUGAAGAAUUAAUUGGCUAUAGAAUAAAGGUUUGGUGGCCCAUGGAUAAGCAGUUUUAUGAAGGCACCGUUAAGUCGUAUGACCCUAUAAAAAGGAAACAUGUGAUAUUAUAUGAUGAUGGAGAUAUAGAAGUACUUCGUUUAGAAAAAGAGCGCUGGGAGCUUGCUGAUAAGGGUCGCAAAUCUAUGAAGAAGUCAAACUCAUCAAAGCAUCCUCGCAUGACUAAAAUAUCACCUUCACAGAAAAGUAGAAGUCCAGGUAAUAUACGUCAGAACAAGAAAUCAGAAAAGAUAGUUAAAGGAAAAAGAACUCCUAAGAAGAACUCAAAGCGCAUGCAUAAAGAACUUGAGGAUAAAGAUGAUUCUGAUGCAUCAAAUCCUGAACCCACUGAGGAAUCUAAAGGGGAUGAGGCAAAACGAGGUGAUUCUUAUGGGGAACAUGACAAAAAGGUGGCAGAGCACCUGAUAGAUGAUGAAUCUGACAAGGAAGUGACAUCAGUAUCCGAAGGAAAACACUUGGGCGACACACUAGAGAACCAAAAUCAAUCAGAGGUAUCUGAUGGAGAAGAGAAAUCUAGUUUUGAAGGUAAAGAUUUUGCAGAAAAUGCUCAAAAGGAUGAUGCAGAAGAGGACACCCACUCAGAGGAACGGGAAGUUGAAUUGAGUGAUGGAAUACAGGAGGAAGCUAAUAAAGACAAAUCAGACUCUGAAUGGAUUCAAGAUGAAGACAUUGUUAGGACCGCCCAUAGAAAUCCAAAGAAACCACGUAUAGAAUCAAGUCCUUCCAAUGCAGAGGAUGCCAACAUAUCUGAUGACGAGCCUCUUAGCAACUGGAAGCAUAAAGUACGAAAAUCAGGAUCAAGGCGAGCAAGAUAAGCAGUUAUGUUUGAUAACUGUCUUCUUGUCUGGACUCUGGAGGAAGAAGGCACUAAGUUGUGGUUCUUUAUUAGAUUCUAAUGCAUUUUGUUUAGGUGGUGUAGUUGGCAGAAGGUGAAGGAGAUGAAAGCCAUUUAAUGUUGUAAACAGCAACACUAAUAAAUCUUGGAAGUUGUUGGGACUUAUUACAUAUGAAUGUAGAGAGUAGGCACUUCCAUAUGCUUACGUAGGAAUCUCGAUGCCCUGUAAUUUGUACUAGGAGUAAUGUUAGAAGAAAAGAUUGAAAUGGUUAAUGGGGGUGUAGUAUAGUCCGUCUUUCUAACCACCAGGCUUUAUAGGUAGGUCACUUUGUACAGUUACUAUAGUUGGGGUUAUUGUUGUAUGUUAGCAUAUUCAUGUUUGAUUUUUGACACCGAUCAAAGUGAUAAAGCUGACUUCCUAGUUUGUUCUGUGCCAA